AUGUCCAAAGUUCAUUCUGCUAUGCUUGUAGGUGCCCAUUCAUCGUCUCUAUACUCUGCAAGAAGAGGACUGGAAAGAACUAGUAGCUACACGGACUUGGGCAGCAACAAUCACCAACGACCUGUUGCAUCUCAAUCUCCACCUCUUAAGAAGAGGAAAUACACAACCUUGGCCAAUGGCUCUAACAAGCGAGCCUCUACGAAUCAACUAACUUAUUCACAGCAGCAAAGGACAUCUCAAGACAUAUACUAUCAAGAGGAUCAGCACACUAACGAACAGCCAUCUCUAAUUGACUUUUCUUCCAUGACGGACGCAUUUCUCCAGCGAUACUGUCGCAGAUACCAGAUUGCAAUAGUAGGGAACGCACGCAGGGAAUUAGAAACAAAAGUCAGACAACAUUUUGCAGAAACAAAUAUAGACGAGACAAACUCAGUAGCAUGUUUUAUCUAUGCUUUACGGCAUAGUGACAAUGUGUACAAGUUGGAUAUGCAGUCCAAUCUAUACUGA